AUGUCUUCAACCUGGGGGUGUCUUGGAUCAUGUGAAAUCCACCAGUAUUGGAUCCCUGAUGAUCAGAGCUCAGAUGUGACUUGGGACUUAUUUUUUGAAGCUUGCAGUGAAGUAUCUUUUAAUGUACCUCAUAAACUGAAGAUGGGGAUGUUUAUUGGCAGAGUAAACAUGAAACAUUGUCUUAAUGAUACUGGAAUUAUUGGCAUAAACAAUCCCAAUUUUAUAAUUCUGGAAGAUGGUUCACUGUAUACUAAAAAUGCUAUUUCUUUGACUACUCAUGAAAACAUCAUUACUGUAUUUUUAAAAAAUGUUUAUACACAUGAGCAAAAGCAGAUAUAUGUUACCUUGCUAACAUACCCUGAAAAGGCCUCAAAAACUAAAAGAAGGCAUGACCGAGCAACUGUUGUGGAACGAACAAAACGAAGAUGGGCUCCAGUACCAACUACUAUAAUGGAAAACUCACUAGGGCCUUUUCCUAUGCAAAUUCAACAGCUGUCUUCUGACAUGGCACAAAAAUACAAUAUUAGAUAUUUCAUCGCUGGCCCUGGUGUUGACAAACCACCACUGAAUUACUUUUACAUUGAGCAAGAAACUGGAAAUCUCUUUGCUACUUGCCCAAUAGAUCGGGAAGUAUUCCCAGAAUUUCAGCUCAUUUGCUAUGCAAUGACACCGGAUGGAUAUACCCCAGAAAUCCCACUUAUUCACAUCAUCAAAAUAGAGGAUGAUAAUGAUAAUGCUCCAGAGUUUGAAUAUUAUAUUUAUACUUUUCAUGUACCUGAAAACAGUAUAAUUGGAACAUUAGUUGGACAAGUGACUGCAACAGACAAAGAUGAGCCCAAUACACUGCAUAGCAAAGUGAAAUACAGAAUUAUAUCCCAGAGUCAUCAGAAACUUCAGGAAUUUGUUGUAGAUCCAGAUUCAGGCUGUAUUACGGUAGCAUUACAUUUGGACAGAGAGAUGGUAUCAGCAUACACACUACAUAUAGAAGCAAGAGACAUGGGAGGUGAGGAGUUUGGUUUGUACACUGUAGCAGCAGUACAUAUUGAGAUUAGAGAUGUAAAUGAUAAUCUCCCUCAAAUAGCACAAAAUAUGUAUGUAGUGGAAAUAUAUGAAAACAUAGCACAUGCAGAAAUAUUAUGCAUUCCUGUUGAAGAUAAAGAUGAACCCAGAACAUCAUCAUGGAUGGGUAUAUUUGCUAUUACUAAAGGAAAUGAAGAUAACAGUUUUGAUAUUAGAGUUGAUCAACAGCAGAAUAUUGGGUGUUUAAGCGCCUUAAAGGAACUGGAUUAUGAGAAAAGCCAUGAGAGAACAUUAGAAAUUGCCAUAAAUAAUGAAGCACCUUAUGUUCCACCUCCAAAUUCAAGAGUUCUUCCAACAAGUAUGGUGAGCAUUGUGAUCAAAAUUAAGGAUCAGGAUGAAGGACCUGUAUUUGAACCUUGUGAAUAUAUUCUAUACAUAAAGGAACGCUUGUUGGUUGGUACAAUGGUUGGUAACUACCAAGCAAUAGAUCCAGAAACUGGAAACAAACAUUUAAGUUACAGAAUAAUUAAGGAUCCAUGCGGUUGGAUCACCAUUGAUGAAAUAGGAAACCUCAGAACUACUGACAUUUUAGAAAGAGAUUCACAAAAUAUAGAAUACAGUCAAUGCAAUGUAACAGUAUUUGCAACUGAUCAAAGUGGUAAAACAGGAAAAGGGACAAUUGUGAUAAUACUUCUGAUUGAGAACAAUUACCCAGUGAAUACCAGUAAACGCUACAUCAUGUGUAAAGAUAAAAAACCAAUCUGUAUAAAUGCCACUGACAUUGAUUUGCCAAUGUCCACUAUACCUUUUCAUUUUGAAAUAGAGAAGCCAGUGGACUUAAAAUGGAACUUAACUCCAAAUGAUGAUGCUUCAGCACUGCUUUCUUCAGUUGAAGAUAUAGACUAUGGCUACUAUUAUAUUCUUCUCAGAAUAUGUAACGGAGAAAGCAUCAGAAAAAGAGAAAUAAUAGUUCAUUAUUGUGACUGUGCAAUUCCAAGUAACUGUUCCAAAUCCACCAUAAACAUGUCACUGGAUUAUUCUUCUUCAGACAUUCAAGUAGAACGCACUCCAGCAGCAGCACCUGUUUUAGGAGCCUGGAGCAUUCCUGCAAUGGUCAUGGGUUCAUUAUUAAUGCUAUUAGGUUUUGGUACACCUUAUGGUCUUUGGCUCCACAGAAAACGUCGCACAUCUCAGGAAGAAUCUGAUUUAACUUUUGAGAAUUUAACAAGAUCAAACACUGAGGCACCUGGUGAAGGAAACAUAAGGCCAAACAUUGAGGCACCCGGUGAAGGAAAUACAAAUUUAAAUAUAUUUCCUGUGCCAACAAUGAAUGAAUUUAUAAAGAUGAAUACAGAUGUAGUAAAAACUGAAAAGAAACAUAUGGAAGCAGGAAAAAGAGGAUGGCAUUCCACAUCAGAAUUAAUCAAAGGAGGAAAAAUGAAUCAUGUGGCACUAUCUUUACAAGACUGUACGCCUUCUUUAAGGAAUUCAUUCAGAGAUUUCUGUUUAGAAUGGCAGAAGUUCUCUAACCCUCGUUUAUCUGAAAUGGUAUUUCUUUGUGGAGAAGAUGAAGAACAUAAUCUGGCUAAAGAGUAUUUACAUGCAUAUAAUUACGAAGGCAAAGACUCACCAACUGGCACUUUAAGUUCCUGUACAGGGGAGUCAGAAGAAGAAAAACUGAGUUUUUUAAAGCAGCCAGAGCCUCCAUUCCGGACAUUAGUAGAAAUUUUUGUACAGAAGGAUUGUGUUUAAACUAUUCCUGAAAAUCAUCUCACUUCACUAGGAAAUUUCCCUGUGCAGAUUCCAUUGAAAUGAAUGAAUGGUCUUGAGAAACUCUAAUUAACUGUAAUAGAAUUUGAAAAGAAUUUAUUCCCACAGUUGUGUCUAUCUGUUCAUUCUUUAUGGGAUAUUAUGGAUUUUUUAAGUAUUAUUUUAAAAAGAAUGCAAUGGAAAAAUGAUUUAAAUUAUUAUGGAUUUGAAAACUC